AGAGGCCCUGCAAUCAUUUUCUACAUUCGAAAAACGGGUCUACUUUUAGGGAGAUAAUUUUCGUUUCAUUAUUAUUCCGCGUGCCAUAUUUCGUGAGAUACCGUACUGUCAUGUAGUGUAUCGGCAAUUGGGUACUUUGAUAAUUCUUUCUUUAAUUAUAAUUUGUAUUGUUAUUAUUAAUGUGCUAGGCUGACCUAAAUAUAAUUUUGGGAAAAUUGGUCCGAUAUGUCGAUGUUUUUUUCGUGAUAUAUCGAAGCCGAUAUUGAUAUUUUUUAAAAUAUCGAUGUAUCUAUAUUUUUUUCAACUUUCGACAUCCCUAAAACAUAUAGAUAGUCAUACUACGAAAAAUGCGAGUAACGAAAUUUAUUUGUGUGUAACGUUUCGUUACUCGGUACUAGAUGGCGCACCCGUUACUCAGUACCGAAUACAUACGGUUUGCUACAGCUCUAAAAAAAAGUUUAAAGGAGUUUUUGGCGGGAUUUCAUCGAGUGUGGUAGGCGUCUUAUUUUAAUUAUUCUUUAAUGCGUUCAUAGUGGAUAUUGUGAAAUAAAAUUGGUGUGAUUUUGUGUUACAACUGUCUGCGUAACUGAAGAAUUAGUAGAAUCGUCAAAAUAUAUGCUAUUCCGGUCAAGUGGACGUGAGAAUUUUAUUGUAGUAUUGACUACCUCACAGAAGCUUAUCGAAAAAGCUAGCUCGAUACAUUUCGUGCCAAAUACUUCAAGAAACAUUAGAAUGCGUCACACCGACAUUCUAAUGUAAAAAGAAAAAAAGAAUAAUUUAACUUAAGACUAGGCUGUAUGGGCAUUGUUCCCCUUGCCUUCCCUGAAAAGGGAGAACUUAACCAAAAAAAAAAGUUUAGUCCUUUGCCCGUCCCAACAGGGACAAAUUAACCAAAAAAAAAAGUGUAGGGCUUUUUUGGCGGUAUUUCAUCGAGAUCGGUUGGCGUCUUAUUUUAAUUAUUCUUAAAUUCGUUCAUAGUGGAUAUUGUGAAAUAAAAUUGGUGUGGUUUUGUGUAACAACUGUCUGCGUAACUGAAGAAUUAGUGGAAUCAUUAAAAUAUACGCUAUUCCGGUCAAGUGGACGUGAGAAUUUUAUUGUAGUGUUGACUACCUCACAGAAGCUUAUCGAAAAAGCCAACUCGAUACAUUUCGUGCCAAACACUCCAAGAAACAUUAGAAUGCGUCACACCGACAUUCUAAUGUAAAAACAAAAAGAAGAUAAAUUUAAUUAAAGACUAGGCUGUAUGGGCAUUGUUCCCUUUGCCUUCCCUUAAACGGGAGAACUUCAACAACAAAAAAAAGUUUAAAGGGACGAAGAAAGGAGCAAGUUUUUUGUAAAGCUAAACAAAUUUUUAUCUGCUGUUUUCUUAUUUCUUUUGUUUUUAUUGUGAUUUUAUGUGUAGUGUCUACAAUCUAUCAUAAUAUGUCUCCUAAUAAAUUGUAAACUGGACUGUAAAUAGCAGGAAUACUGAGUUUUUAGCCAAUACAUUGAAAUUCGUUAGCAAAUCGAAUCUUCACAUGAAUUGAACAUCGAACAAAAAUCAUGUCCUUCUCUUUUGGGACGCCAUCAAGUGCUCCAGCCACUGGUAUUGGCGGAGGUGGCUUCAACUUUGGCGCGGCAAAGCCAGCUACGCCCGGUUUUGGCUUAACGGCUACUUCGCAGCCGUCCACGGGACUAUUUAGUACGCCGGCGACGUCAGCGCCUACGUUCGGCACAGCGACUCCCACUUUUGGAGCUUCGUCUACUCCCGCCUUCGGAGCUACAACGACCCCUGCGUUUGGCGUCACGUCGAGCGCCCCAUCGUUCGGAGCCAACACCAGUACACCGGCUUUCGGUUCGUUGCCAAGUUUCGGAGCCAGCACAACACCUGCAUUUGGAGCCACUUCAACUGCCCCUACAUUUGGAGCAACCUCGGCUGCUCCUGCUUUUGGCACAGCUCCAGCGUUUGGGGCAACAACUACGCCAGCUUUUGGUGCAACUACUACCACCACUCCUGCAUUUGGUUCCACUGGACUGGCUGCUGGUGGCCUAAGCUUUGGAGCUGCUACUAGCACAGCAGCAACAGGAACUGGUCUGUCAUUUGGAGCUCCAGCAGCUGCAACUGCUAGCACUGGCCUCGGAGGGCUUGGUGGCAUCGGAUUUGGCACAACCACUACAGCACAAAGCUCUGGUUUAGGCCUAUUUGGUGCUAGUACUGCAACCACCACUAGCAGCAUUUUAUUUGGUAAGGCAUGGACAACCAGUGCUACUGGUACACAACCAUCGACAACUGUUACACCGAGUCUCGGCUUAGGCGGCGUGGCCCCCGCGGCGGGGACGGGUGUAGGCAAUGCCGCAGAUGUUAAGACUGAGCCACCAAAGCAGCAGAAAUUGCCAAAUGAGAUUUCUACAACCGUGGAUUCAUUCAAAGAAUUCGUCAAGAAACAGAAAUCGUUGAGUUCAGAAAUGAUGAGGGUAUCUAUCAAACCUCUACACAAGGUGUCUCAAGAGGCAGACAGUACCCUCCGCGCCUCGUUAUGGCUAAGCGGGGAAGUGAACCGCGCGCGCUCCCAGUCGCGACGGCUGCGGUCCGCCUGCGCCGCCGCGCUCAGCGCCGCCGACGCCGCGCAGCGGGACAACGCACCCGGCUUAGAGCUUGAAGGUAGCGCACCGCCCAGUUAUGUGAAGGAACUGCUAUCUGAAUUGGAACAACAUUUGAUCACGUUCCGACGGCAGAUGGAAGUGGCCGAUAAGCAGAUGCAAUCGUCGCCGAAACUUCUCACCGAACAAGAGUUGACGCUCGGCAUUCGUCGUAUGCACGAAUCGCUCGUGGCGCUCGCCGGUCGCUUGCAAGCGGUCCAUACUUUAGUGGAAGCUCAGAAGGAACAAUAUCUCAAUCUAAGGAAAUACAUACUGAAGGACCCGACCAACGUCUUCGACGAACCAUCAUCCAACAUGAGUCUGGAUCAAAUCCUGAAGGAUGCGGAGAGCUCGAGGAAAAAGGUCAAGACUGGCAACUUUAGCGACGUCAGUUUCAGCAGCGCCGUACUGACCGACCCUAGGGCCGCUUUAGGUAACAUUCAACAGUUGGCUGGACCAACACCGUUCACCUAUUUGGGGAACACUCUAUCUCCUUUUACGGGUGCUGAUGCGAGUGGUCCCGGUUGGCAACCAACGCCUCAGCCUCAGAUGAACGCUUCUCUCACUACAUCAGGAUUCACCGCUUCCGAGCCCUCAUUCCAGCUGCAGAAACCGCCCGGCAAACGCGGCAAACAAUGAUAUUGGCGAUAAAACAGCCCCACAAAGGCUGUUCUAUUAAUAAUUAAAUAAAUGUUUCUUAAACUCAAAAAAUAAGAUACACACACGCAAACACACCUAACAAACUCCUUUAGCUAUUUCAUUGAAUUUAUGAACCAAAUCGAGCAAUCAAUACUUUAUUGAGUUCUACAAUGUUUUUUUUAGAUCUUAGUAGGUACAUUGCUUUGAUCAUUGUAGACCCUGAACAGGGCACAGCAAAUAGAGAAUAGAGAACUUUAAAACAGGUCCGUACGACGGACUACCAGGCGCGGCGAGGGCUUUCACCCUUAUGUUGUCGAAGUUCCUCCCAUUCGCACCAAGCUAUUUGCUUCCGCUUUCAUUAUACGAACGGCUAGGGAGUGAGACUCCUUGCCGAGGUCUGUUUUCUCGGAUCAAUAUAAUCUGGACAUCUUCAAGGCCAGUGUGAACAGGCAUCUUCUAGGCAGGCGUGUACCAUCCUAGGCCUCAUCAUUGCUUUCCAUCAGGCGAGAUUGUGGUCAUACGCAUGGCCUAUUACACAUUUAAAAUAAAAAAAAUAACGAGGGAGCCUAACAGUAGUCGCGUAUGAUGUGUAACAUUUAAAACCUUAUAUUAGUAAAAAAAGAUAUAAAACCUACUACAAAAGGAAUAAACCAUUUGAACAUUAUGUUCUAAAAUCAAAUCAAAUAGCGCUCGCUUCCCAAUCUUCCUGUUACACACUUCCGUUCCACUUCACGUAAUCACUCCCACAAAUUGCACGAAGGCGAGAGGAAAGAUGUUACACAUCAAUUAAAGUUACCUGGAUUACUGAUUUUUUUACUGAAUAGCACAAAAAAAUAUGAAUGAGGUGGGGGGUUGAUUACCUGAGACACAGGAUCAAUCCUAGUUCAGGUUUGAACCAACCUUGUUAGGGUGAUCAAUACUUACCUGUGUUUUAGUUUUGGUAUAAAUAGCAUGUUUUCAUAUAGCCAUUAAUACCUACAUUGUGAACAUUCUGCUUAAGGUUAGAAAUAAAGUUUAUCAUUAAGAGUACUCACACCAAUUAGCCAGCCCCAAUGUAAGCGCUGUAGGUUUGUGUUGUUAUGUGUUAUAUACUAGGGUAACGGAUAGAAUACAUAUAUGUUGAUAAGGAAAUACAAAAUAAACAUACAUGACUCCAGUACAAAUGCUCGUAUUCAUCACAUAAACAUUUGCCCCCACCGGGAUUCGAACCCGGGAUCUCUCGAGUAGGCGACACCUUGAUACCCGGCGUACAAACCACUGGGUCACGGAGGUCGUCCAUACAUAAUAAAGCACAAUGUUUAACACGGAAAACAAUAAUAUUUUCUAUAAAGGUUAUGUAAUAUGGUAUAUUACCAAUAAAGGACUAAAGGAAGUGUUUUAAAAGGCAAACGAUUAUUUUGACGGUUGAACGGCCUAAUUAUACUCUAUUUGAGACAAAAGGUGAACAAAUAAACCAUUUGUUUCUAAUUUUUUUUAUUGUUUACAAAAUUUCACAUUUCAACGUUAUAACAAACUUUUCGAUUUAGUAGUAUUAUAAUGCCUUUGACGACCUCUGUGGCCGAGUGGUUUGUACGCCGGGUUUCACGGUAUCGCCGACUCGAAAGGUCCCAGGUUCGAAUCCCGGUGGGGGCAGAUGUUUGUGUGAUGAAUACAAGCAUUUGUACUCCAGUCAUGGAUGUUUAUUAUGUAUUUCUAUAUAAAUAUACUUAUAUAUGUACAGUAUAUGUAUUCUAUCCGUUACCCUAGCAUCCCAUAACACAAGCCUUACAGUGCUUAUUUUGGGGCUCCGCUAAUUGGUGUGUGUAUAAAAAAAUGCGUUCAAAGUUUGACUUUAGCUACAGUUUUAGGUCUUGUUAAUGUCACUUUGUUUUAUUAUGCAUUUUAAGCGUAUAAAAUUCGCCCUAUUGAAAAACCUUUUUAUGGUUCAUUUAUCUUUUGUCUCGAAGGAAGUUGUUGUUGCUGAGUAUAAAAUAAAACCGGUUUGAUGUCGUAUAUUAAUACAAAGGACUGUGGCGAAACUAUUUAUUCCAAUUUCGUCACGCCAUAACUUGAGAACGAACUUUAUAUUCUGGAGAACGUCUGCUAAGUUAAUUAAAUAAUAAAUGCGGUUAGGAACAAAAAGUGUCAUUUACAUAUGUUGCUCCAUUUGGUUUUUUUUAUUUUAAUCGGUUCAAAAUAUUAAAUUCUAUCUGUAACUCCCAAGAUUUUGUUCAAAAAUUUGACUAGUUUUUAUAGAAAAAUCGAUCUGAACUGCUGCUUCCGGAACAAAAAGUUACAUUUUUAUUCAAUCAGAGUGAUUAUUAAGACUUGAAUUCAAAAAGUGACAUAUUCUUAAGAAAUACGUUUGAAGACACUUUAGUCGGUUCAAACUGGGAACCUGAUUGUGGAGAAUUACAUGUAUAAGAAAUAAAAAUGUUUUGUUUGAAUCCAUUUUUAUUUUCAUACUGAAUGUUUCAUAAGGUAUCAUUUUUUAAACAGUAAGUUUGAAAAGGUGACAUUUUACAAAAUUAUUGAGUCAAAUAGUGACAUUAACAAGCUAUUGGAUCAAAGGGUGUCAUUUAAUAUGUAUUUUGUUAUUUUUUUCCUAGAUUCAAAACCAGCAUGGUGGUAACCUUAUAAUACAUUAAAUUUUAUACAAUAAAUAUAUAAAAAAAUAUAUAAAUUAUUAGAACAACAUAGAUAUUCAUUUUCUCAAUUUACUCAAAAAGUCAAAAAUUGUAAAUAACACUUUUUGUUCCUAACCUCCUCAAAUGUGAAAGUUUGUAUGUUUGAUGCCGGCAUUGUACAUAGCUAUUCGUGUUUGCUAUUUGUCUAUUCGGAGUGAUAAGUAGAGGCUGUUGUCAUGUUUACAAAUACAAAUAACCAUGUGAAGUCCCGGAAUGAUCCAUACUCAUUUCACACAAAAACGACUUCACGGAUUUGGAUAAAAUUUGGCACACAAAUAAUUUAUUAACUGAAUUGAUUACUUUGGAUAUUUUUUAUCCCGGAUAAAUAAUAGGGUCAUGUGGGGUUCUCAAAACUAUAGUCGGACAGAAGAUCGUAUAUUAUAAAUGUGAAAGUUUGUAUGUUUAUAUAUACUUACAAUAUAAUACCCAAUCACCUGGAUUUGAGACAGGAUGGAUUGGUGAGACGUAUUGUUUUGUUCGAUAAGUUUGUUUAUAUCCGGAAGAAUCGAUUGAAACCGACUAUAAGUAUAUAUUAAAUCUAUUGUUUUAAACUUUCAUGGUCACUAACAUUAUAAUAAUAUAAGUUAUUUACCUAACUCGCUAAAAACAAGGUACAUGGUAACAAACCCGUAAAUAACUUGUAUUACUAUUAUAUUAUAUCUGUAGUAAUUCAUUUGAAUUACUACUACAAAAGCUCUGGUUGGUUAACAGUAUCGAAUUUCUCCAACUGACUUUGAGCUAUGUAUUUAGUUUGAUAAGUUCGAGUAUUGAAACAGAAAAUCGAAAGGGAUCUUGCCACCGCCUAAAGUAGUCUCCUGGUGAGAAUAAUAAUAAGAAUACACUCAAGUUUUCUUACGUACAAAUCACACUAAUAUUACAAAGGCAAAAGUUUGUGAGUGUGUAUCUUUGUUACUUCUUCACGUCUAAACGGUUGGAGCGAUUUUAAUAAAAUUUGGUAUGGAGUUAGCUGACAACCUGGAUAACACAUAGGCUACGUUUUACUGCGGGAAAAUAUCCCUAAUAAACCGCGGGUAACACAGCGGGGCAAAGCUAGUAAAUAUUAAGUUCAAUUAUACUUGUGUUGUUAUUGUAAAAAGUCCUCAAUUCAAUUAUCAUGUAACAUUAAAGUAUGUAUGCAUUAAACCUGUUUAUGGAUAACGAAUUGAAUGAAUGGAAGAUACAAAUGAUACAAUUAUGUUUGCAAACAGAUGUUUCAAUGGUUAAUUUGUAAUCAUAUCUUGAUUAAUUUCGUACAAUAACUUAUGGUAGACGUAAAUUUAAUAAAAUUGUUCUUGUUGUGUAACCAACCUUAUUUACCUACAAUAAAUUUAACCUGAGCCUAUAAACUAUAAAAUGCACCGAACCUGCAAAGAAUUUGAAAGUCAUCAACACAUCCAGUUAGCCAUGUGGUAGUUCGAAAAUCGUUAUAUAUACCAGACCUCUGUAGUAAAUAUGGUUUAAAUCGUGUCAUUAAAGAAAGGAAUCGCGAAUGACGACGGAAGACUAUCUGUCCCUCUCGCACAUACUGUCCUAAGUGACGAGUGAGAGAGAGAGAGAGAGAGAGUCUGGCGUCGGCAUUUUCGAUUCCUUUAUUGACACGGGUUAUAAUGGAAGUAAUCGCAUUUUAGAAUCCGGCUCAAAAGACCAACGUUAACAAACAUCUAACUUCGUCCAACGUGUAUCAGAAUAUAUCCACAAAAUAUUUUAUGUUCAAUUUCUGGAUCGUCAGAACCUAUUUAUUGUUUUUUUUUCAGUUCAGUUUUCCUUAAAUGUGGUUUCAUUUAGAUAUAGUACUUUCGCUGGUAAAUAAAUGUACUCGAUGACAUGCAUUACAAACAUAAAUUGUUAAUUUCGAUUCGAUGAUGCUGCUUAGUUGACGUUGUUCUGGCAAAAACAAAACAGUUAAAACUAAUAAACAAAUAAAUUACAUUUAACUUACUCGUAAUUAUUACUUUUUUAAAAUAAUGUUUUACAUAUUUUUGUAGCCUGUGCUUUACAAUUAAGAGAUUGUUGGCAUGGCACUGAUUUCCAAUUCUGUUGUUUUUCUUUUAAUGUAUUUAUAUUUUAAAAGUAAGGGUAAUAAUCAUUUUUCAAAAAGUCGUUCGUAUCUUCUUAUGAUAGGCUCUAAACUGGGAACAACUAUUGAUAAGAUUUUCCUUCAAAUUUGGGACUGGCCUUUGUUCUAAAGUGAUUGUUGGCAUGGCACUGAUUUCCAAUUCUGUUGUUUUUCUUUUAAUGUAUUUGUAUUUUAAAAGUAAAGGGUAAUAACCAUUUUUCAAAAAGUUGUUCGUAUCUUCUUAUGAUAGGCUCUAAACUGGGAACAACUAUUGAUAAGAUUUUCCUUAAAAUUUGGGACUGGCCUUUGUUCUAAAGAGAUUGUUGGCAUGGCACUGACUUCUAAUUCUGUUGUUUUUCUUUUAAUGUAUUUGUAUUUUAAAAGUAUUGGGUAAUAAUCAUUUUUCAAAAAGUUGUUCGUAUCUUCUUAUGAUAGGCUCUAAACUGGGAACAACUAUUGAUAAGAUUUUCCUUCAAAUUUGGGACUGGCUUUUGUUCUAAAGAGACUUUGCAUGGCACUGACUUCCAAUUUUGUUGUUUUUCUUUUGAUGUAUUUGUAUUGUAAAAGUAAAGGGUAAUAAUCAUUUUUCAAACAAUUGUUGUGGGUUUUCAAAAAGUUGCUCGUAUCUUCUUUCGAUUGACCAGGGUCGGACUGGACCGGAAGGGCCCGGGUGGCUGAUCACAAUCCCGGGGCCCGAGACUAGACCAUGGUGAUGGGAUACUAUCGAAAAAUACUGAGAUACACAAAUUGAGAUAAACAAACUAUAAAAAAUUUAUUACUAUACUAAAAUACAAUACAAUAGUAAGUAGGUAUUUACUUAGAACAAAUUAUAUAAAGCUAGCCAAUCAACAUUUUUUUUAAAAGAGGAGAACUUUCAGCUAAGCAGUUAAUGACUCGAUCGUAAAAGCUGUUGUUUUCGUCAUCCUUGAUUAGAUCCGAUUCUGUAUUUAAUAUAAUCAACGAAUCCAACAGUUCUUGCCCCAGUAAAGAACGAAGUCUCGUUUUAAUGCGCUUCAAUGCUGAAAAUCGUCUCUCACAAGUCACUUGCGUGAAUGAAAUUGUGAGAAUUACACAAUAUGCAACAUAUAAGGUGGUGUACGUGCUGAUAUGCAUAUUAUACUGUGAUAAAAGUUUACAUGCACAUGGUAUGCAACUUUGACAGACGUCCAAACCACUUCUGGAAAAACACAUGGCGUCCUUUGCUGCCUGGUCUAUGUCUAAAACAUCUUCGUCGCUUUGUGAAUCUGAAUCUUGCUUAUGCUGCCUAGGAGAAAUGUGCUCAUCCCAAAGAGUUUUAGACAGUUCACUAAACUUAUUUGCAAAAGAUUCCAGUUCUUUUGACAGCAACUCUCGAUCGACAUUUGCAAUUGAUGCGAUAGACUUUAGCGCGUCAUUAGGAAUUCCAUUUUCUUUGAUUUUAUUGAAGUUUUUCGGGUCCAAACAAGCGGCAUCUUUCAUUAAAUCUUCGUUGCACAUGAAUUUUUCGUUUAUUUUAACUAAAGCUGUAUUAAUAAUGACUUUGUAGACAGAAAUAGAAUAAAAUCUCUUUGGGUCUGUAGCCAAUAAUGCUACUUCAUCUUCACAUAACUGCUCAUGUUUCUUCGGUUUUUUAGAAAUUCUUCGUAACGGUAACGUGGUUUGUACGUCGAGAUCAAUGUUUUCAGCGUGCAUCAAGUCUUGAACAUCGGAUGCAAAUAAACUUGCAGCUUUGAAAACAUCAUCAAAAGUAUCUAAAUGUCUUCGUAAAUCCAUGUCUAAACAUUUGAUGAAUCCCCAAGCUUUAAGAUAAUCCAAUGUAGGGGUUUGGAGAUAUUGGCUUACUGGGGUUGAUAGGUCAAAUAUUUUCUUGAACGUGAAGGCUGUCAGGAUAGUUUCGAAUUUCAAAAAAGAAUCCAUCAAAGCUUUUGCUUGGAACGAAACCUUUGGCUCGAACUCCGUGCUUGAAGAUAUGGCACUUAAAGUUUUUAUUAACGCCACAUAUCGAGUUUUCUCCAUAACAGUGGUCAAGGCUUUGUCUUUAGCCCACCAUCUUGUUUUUCCGAUAUUCUGUAAUCGUCUCAAUUUGUCUUGUCCAGCUGUUAAUUCUGAAAUUUUCUCCACCCAUAGAGAUGUGCGCUUAAAUGAUUCAUGAAUAAAUACACUGGUAGACUCCAAGAGCCCAAACAAAUUCUUGGCUUCAGUACAGCUUGACGUCGCGCCUCCCAGCACUAAAUUUAAAACAUGUGCAUAACAAUGUGUGAAAAUUAAUUUUGGCACUUCUUCCUUCAGUUUUGCUUGAAGACCAUUAUACCUUCCCGCCAUAUUUCCGGCGCCAUCAAAUGACACGCUAAUAAUAUCUUGCAAAUUUAAGCCUAACUGGGCUAGUUCAUUGCUUACAAGAGCUCGGUAAUCUUCUCCUGUUGAUUUCCGGACAGGGACCAUGCUGAGCAUCCGCUCUUGUGGGAUCCCACUCUUAACAUAGCGCACGCAAAUUGCAGCCUGGUCAACAACGCCAACAUCCUGGCAAGAAUCCACAUUAAGGCUAAAAGAUUUCGCCGCCUGGAUUUCUUUAACGAUUUCUAGUUUAACUUGACGUGCACAUAUAUUUAUUAAUUUAUUUAUAGUGGUUUUUGAUAAAAAGGUAACAAGCCCACCUCGACCCUUACCUUUUCCUGAGUCUUUUCUUUUUUUACUUUCAGUAAUUGCCUCGGACAUGUGCGCCUUAAGAACUGGAUCAUACUUCGACAAUAGGACAACUAAAUUUAAAAAGUUUCCGUGAUUCUGGUUGUCGUCUGCGAUAUCCGCUAACGAGUACAAGGCCUCACUUUUUCCACGAUAAGCAAUGCCUUGUUUAGAUAUAAAUAGUAUUAUAUCAAUUAUUCUUUUCAGGACCAGACGCCUAUUGGAAAUCUCUUGCAUAUUCUUUAGCGUGAGAUGUUGUUCCACAUUUCCUCUUUUUUUUGCUGUAAGCAAGGCAACUACGGCUAACUGAUGACUGUGGCUUUCCUCGUGUUUGACAAGUUGUUCAUAAAUAUGUUUUUUGGAUGGAGUAACGCCAUCAAUAAAUGGACUUCUUCCUCCUCCUUCUUCUUUCUUGGCGUCAGACGCAAAACACAUGCAGGUGGUACAAAAUAGCUUGUUUAAUUCAAGAGAAUAAGAGACAGAUUCUCGUCGAAUUAAAGUUCCUGUUGGUAAUUUUCGGUAGUAAACCCGAUUUGCAUCGAAAGGCAAACUAGAUUAGAAUUAUAACACCCAGAAGCCGUCUCUGCGCCCUGCAAUCACAUCCAGUCAAAUCACACCACCAUCCACCGUGGUGUGAUACGCUCGACAGCCCCGUAGUGUCAAAAGUCAACCGACCCCGUGCGCAUAUCAUGUACAUUUUGGUUAACUAAAAACAAGUUUGUGUUAAUAAGCCUUAUUAAAACUGUACAGAAGUAUAUAUCCAUUUCCCAUAUUUUUGGGGAAAUGUCAUUUGACUGGUAACAUUAUUUUACGUUUGUGUUGCGUGCGACUACCAAGCAAAACGAUGUGUGCGUUUUAUGCCUCAAAUUUUACGCAGCGGCCAGUAGUAAGGCUAUCCUUCUGGAAGCCAAUUCUCAGUCAAAUAGAGAUAGAAAUAUGCUCAUGUCGAAAAAAAAUGGCCGAUGUCGUGUGUUCCCCAUACAAUUUCAUCCGACAUUCCUCAAUUUUUUCGGCAUAUUUCUAUCUCUAUUUGACUAAGAAUUGGCCUCCUAGGCGUUAUAAUUCUAUGUAAAGAAGGAAUUAAAAAGCGAAACUACAGGUAAAACUAGCUAACAAAUAUGUAAAGAUUUGUUAAAUUAGAAAAAAAAAACUGUAUUAAAUUAAAUCUAUUUAGUGUAGACUGGGUACGGUUGUAACAAUUUUUAUUUGAUCACCCUCAGUACACUCACUAUGGGUAUGAACACCAAUUGAAGCAUUUCAGAUGAAAGCCUAGUCAUUAACCUUUACACUGAUAUCAAAACCAGAGGCGCAAGUAAUUUAGUUUGACAGAUAUGAGUAGUUUUGUAAACUGUGUACCGCUGUUACAAUCGACCCCAUGCCAGGGGCGGUUGUAACAGUGCUGGGGGAUAGUUGUAACAUCCAGAAAUAAUAAACAAUGUAUGUGUUCAAAUCAGUUUUAUUAUUACUUUGCGUUUUUAACAAAUAAUUAUUAUAAAUUUUAACAAAACAAUUAAAAUAAUAUUAACAAAACUUUAGCCACAUGUUACUUUAGUUAGUCUUUUUAUUUAUUUUACUAGUUCAACUUAUAUUAAUCAACAAAAAUAAUGUUUCUUUUAUAGUCUCUUAAUCAAAAUGACCAAACACAAAUAUUUAUUAAGUAACGAAUAAUAAUCAAUAAUCAACAAGAUCUUAUUCUAAACAAAAAAAUAUUAUAAUUAAUCAGACUCGCUGCAAUUAUGGCAAACAUAAUAUCUACUCCCUUCUGUACAAGCUUCGUGAGACCAUAAUUUACAUCCUCCUUGACAUUGUAUCCAGCUAUCUCCAGAUCGACUCGCUGAAUACGGCUCUAGACAAACAAGGCAAUAAUAUUCUUCUUCUGAUGAUGAAUCCGGUGAUGUGUUAGCCUUCCUUUUUUUCCCUUUACCUUUCCCUUUGUUUUUCUUCCCGGUGGAUGGUUCAAGUAUAUUUUUCUUCAUUUGUUUAGCUUUCAAUCGCUUUUGUCGUUCUUCAUAUUCUUUUCUUAUUGCUUCCUUCUCAGGAGUGUCUGUGUAAAUUGCAGUCUUUUUGGUUUUUCUACCUCUUGUUCCUAAUUUCCUAGCAGGAGCUUUCGGGUAGGGCCGCAAUGCUUCUGGCGAGAAAACAGAUUUUCUGCUAGUGGACGGAAUAGUUUCUGAUUCCUGCGGUAUAGUAGCAUCACGAGAAGAGGUAUUUAGUUCCACGUUCGGCAUUAUAACUUGAGACUCUUGAUUGGUUUCUACAGGAGAAGGCCUGGGCGGCGUUAUUGCCGCUUGAAUCUCAUUGACUUCAUUUUCACGCUCAGGUGGACGAGCUGUGCUGUUUGAAGAUGCUCUAUUUUCAGGCUCGAGUGGAUGUAUUAAUUCUUCAUUCAAUAAUGGCGCCUGCAAGACUAACUGUUCAAUAGAUGCUCUUCUUUCAGCCUCAACAGGAUUUACUGCGCUAGUUAAAGGCUGGUUUUCAUUUAAUAACGAAGGUGAAAGCGGCGGUGUUUCAUCAUCAGUUCCAAGUCCAAUGUUAUUUAGAUUAGAUUCGGCCACUUCCUCGGUAGCAUUUGGAUUUGGCCUGUCUGUCACGAACGAGGGUGCGAAAUCAAUAUCUUGGAAUAAUUCACGAUUGAAUGGGUAGAUCCCUGUCUUGCGAAAUCCGGCCUGAAUAUUAGCUUGAGUAAGCGCAAUUGGCAUCGCUAUUGUUAUAAUACUUGGUAUAUCAUAUAUGGUCAUAGUCUUACCUGGAUGAUUCCGCAUCCAGGCAUCACAGGCAGUAUUAAUCGCUUUUUUGAAAGGCCCAUAAACAGAGCGAUCCAGUGGCUGCAAUUUGUGGGAACAGUGGGGUGGAAAUGAUAGGAGUACUAUUCCGUUCUCUUUGCAAAAGUCUAAAGAAUGGAUGUGUAUAUGAGACGAAUGGUUAUCCAAUACCAGUAACACCUUAUGUGACAGAGAAGCGUUCGUGUGUUUUUUAAAAUGUUUAAGAAACACAACAAAUUGCUCAUCUUGCAUCCAUCCUGAAGGAUUGCCUGUACCAAUUGACCCCACUGGCCCGUCUCUGAUAAAAUGCUCCUGGUAUCUAAUCCGGGGAAAUACGAACAUUGGCGGAAUUGCAUUGCCCAAUGCGUUAGCUGCAAAUGCUAGUGUUACUAAAUUGCCUCGUUCAGCAGAGGUAAGUGCACCCACCUGCCUCGUGCCACGUCUUGCUACAACUCUGUCAGGCUUCUGUACAGUUGUAACUCCGGUUUCGUCAACAUUAUAAAUGUCCUGAGGUUCGAAGUGGUCCCUGUCCAUAACAAUUUGAAGGUUGUCAUAAAACGCAUCGACAUUAGUUCGAUUGAAACUAGUGGCUCUAGACAGCCUUGUAGCUUGUGCAGCGCGCACUGAUAGUUCUGGAUUUCUUUUCAUAAAUGAACGGAACCACUCUUCUCCAGCCAUUUCAUUUUCAAUCCAUGUGGACGGAGACUUUAAAUUAUAUUUGAUGGUAAGUUCAAACGCCAAUUUUCUUACCUCCUUUGUGGAGAGCCCAAAAUAUAUGUCAGCACAACGAAUCAAGUAUUUAGACAAUUGACGCUCCUGAUCAUCUGUGAAAACUCUGUUGUGAGCCACGUAUCCCAUUCUUACAGUUUCUUCCUGGUCUUGGUCAUCUUUAUUUGCAGCAUCCCUCUUUCGCUUAUAUCUCAAUAGAGAUACAUAGUUUAUGCCAUAUUUCUCUGCAGCUCGUCUCAAAGAAGUUCCUAUUUUGACUUCUUCAUAAGCGUUUUUGUACAACAAUAAGUCGCUUUCACCUCUUGAAGUCUUUCUUACACGUUUCCUAGGCAUCUGCAAUGAAAAAAUAUAAUAAAACUAUUGUUACAACCGUACCCACAAAAAUCGUUACAACCGUACCCACCCCACCAUUUUGGAAACAACAUAGCCACAGGGGCGUGAUAUAAUAACCUAUACUUAAAUGAACCAGCGUGUUUUAAUCACUGAAAUACAACAAUUAUGAAUUAAAAUACUCAAAUACGAUUAUUACACAAACAAUCAAAUAAUAUCGUAAAGAAAUUCAUCAAAAAUACUUACUUUUGCGCGGCUAAACACAAUAGGCUCCUCUGUACGCGUAAUGAGCGCGCGGAGUGCGACGCAACACUGAGAAACAUGUCGGGACUUGCAACCCGCGUGACCCUCCCCUUGUACCCCUUCCCGUACCGCGUAUAGUUUCUAAAAUAUUUGAGCUGUUACAAUCGUACCCCGUUACAACCGUACCCAGUCUACCCU